GCUUGUGCCUCUUCAGCAGCGGGAGAGACGUGCGUAACAACCGCGGAGAGUCAGCUGUGGCCGCAGCGCCGUGGACCGCCGUGCGCGUAAAACCUGACCACUAAAAAAAAAGAAAAAAAAAGGAAAAAAAAAAAGCAGAACGAGGAGAGAAGGAAAGAUGCCAGCCCUUCAGACGGUGUUUGGGAGUUAAUCGCCCACUCGGUUUGGAGCCACACUGACGCACCGACGGGGGGGAAAGAAAUAACCGCGCGCCUUACGGAUUCUCAGCCUUUUUUCUUAUAUAUUCACCUCUUUUUUUUUUAAUUACCGGAGAUUUUUUUUUUUUUCAUUCAGCACUAUGAAUGCUCAGUUCCAGCAGGGAACGAGUCCGCGUCUGUCCGUGAGCUGAGCUGGAGUGCGUCUCCUCCGCCGCACGGCUGUCUCGGUGCGCCUGCACGGAGCCUCCUGCCCCGGGAUGCAGCUGCUCAGACUGGCCUGGGCUCUGACCGCAGCGGCCAUCUGCUGCUUCCUCAUCCUCCUCAUUCACUCCCGCCUGCUCAAAGAAGGCCAGCUGGCAGCGGGGACAUGUGAGAUUGUGACGUUGGACAGGGACAGCAGCCAACCACGGCGGACCAUCGCCAGGCAGACGGCCCGCUGCGCUUGUAAGAAGGGCCAGAUCGCCGGAACUACAAGAGCCAGGCCCGCCUGUGUGGACGCUGGGAUUGUUCGAAAAAAGCAGUGGUGUGAGAUGGUACCGUGUUUGGAGGACGAGGGUUGCGACCUGUUAGUCAAUAAAUCUGGAUGGACUUGUACGCAGCCCGGAGGCCGAGUCAAAACCACCACGGCUCUAUGACGCGACAAGAGUCCCCCUCAACACUCUUGCACUAUGGAGAGCAUUGAUGACCCCUUGACAGACAGCCAAAACCCACCUACCAACACCUCCACCUUCACAGCAGCUCCACCCACACUCUGGUGCCACAAAGGCAGGAAGCAACACAAGCAGCGAGCAGGGCACCAAGGGCUUCAUGGAAGGUCUCGUAACACAGCCAGAGAUGGAAAACCUGGGAGUGACUGCUUCAGGGAGUGAGCUCUUCCGUGGAUACUGGACAAACCCGCUAUGAAACACUACUUAUUUCCUGUGACUGGCCCAUCCGGGUUUCCGACCGCUCCCUCCUGCUGUCUGUUGCUGGGUCAACACGUUGCGUCCGCCUAUUCACCACUGCAUCUGCCUGCUCUAUGAAAUUAGCAGCACCAGCUCAUGCCGGACGGGGGACGGACACCUUGAAAGUCCCGUGAAUGGUUCAUGCCAUUGGAAGCCACUUAUAGGAGCUGCUAGCUGCAUUUUGAAAAGGGACUUCCUACAUCUCUCUCUAGUGCAGGAGUUCCGGAGAAUAGCUGGGAUCAUAACAGAUCAAACCCUGAUGCUUGUUGGACCAUCUCACAAGGCCGAUUUAAAAAAAGAAAAGAAAAAAAAAAGUGAACUGAGCGAUCUGCUGUGAAUAGGCCUUCUGCUGGAGUAAACCUCCCAUAUUUUUUAAAAGACCAAAGAGCAAAACAACAAAUAUGUUCAUAAUGACAGAGAGGACCAUCUGGUGAAAACACAGAGACUCUGAACACUCUUCAUGUGUUGCCACCAACCGACAACUAUUAAAGACAUGAUGCACAAGUGGACUAAUGCAAACCUUUUGCGAAACGGUGGCACACUUACCAUACACAAUCAAUGGAGUAGUUUCUGAAUUUUUCUCAAAGUCCACCACUGUAUUUUGGAACUGGAAAUAUAGGUACUACAUACGUAUAACUGUGUAUUGAAAAAAGAAUCAGAUUUGCAUUUUUCAGUAGCUAUGGUUUUGGACAGCUUGCAGGAAAAAUUGUUGGUCAUUGGUCAAGAGGGCAAACCAUUCUGGAAAGAAGAUAGAUAUAUACAUAGAGUAUGAAUGCCGUUGAGCCUGAAUAGAGGGAAUAAAGAAGUGUCAUUAAAUGUAUUUUGAAAGGCCCUAAAAAGUUAUAUAUUUAACAGUUUUAUAUGUUGUACCUUUGUAGAGAAGCUUAUUGGACUUAAAAUGUGGUCACAAUGGCAGUUUAUUAGAAUGUGAACUAAUGCUGUUGUCCUCAUUACUGCUGGCUCGUAGUCUCUGGUUUUCUGUUCACACCUCAGUAGCUGCUUUCUUUUCAUGGUCAUCUACAAGUCACAGUCUAUCAGAUCCAUUAAUAAUAAUAAAAAAAGGAAAGUGGUACAAUUUAUUGAAGACUGAUCUGCAGCCAAGUGAACAUUGUAAAUCUAUGGUAGUCAGUGGAAGCCAUUGAAAUCUGCUAAUUUGCUAUGAUAUUGUAUUGUACACGGUGUGGAAUACUGACUCAUUUUCCUCUCGAUGGGUUUUGAUCUCUUAAUUUAUUUUUGUGCUUGUGUUUGUUCUCUCAAAUCCAGCCUCUCUCCGAUGGCGAUGGAGACAGCGAGGAGAGAGGGAGAAGGAGGAAGCACUGCAGAAGUAGUCAUAUACAUACAUUUUUUAUCAUGAAAUAUUUUAAGAAUAAAUUAAAUACAUGAAAAGAAUCAUGGCCUGGAGGUUUAGAUGGUCUGGGUGUUCAACAUCAUCAGCUAUACCGUAAGCUGAUCUUAUUCUGGUAUUACUAUUCAUGAAUGUAUGCGGUUCGGCAGAAAAAGAAAAGUAAUGAAAAUUCAAAGUGUUGUUUUCAUUUCCGAGUUACCAGGUAAGAAUCUAUUUCAGAUAUGCAAAGCUUCCUUUAAUUUUGACAACAAAAGCAUGAGUCAGAACUUGUGGAGUCAUAAAAACAGGUAUACACAGUAGUAUCAGGAUAGUUUGGCUUAUGACAAGUUGAUAGGUUCGGUUUAUAAAAUAACUGUCCAAACUCAAUGUUUUUCCAGAAGGUAUUAGCUAAUUAGCUAAUUAUCCAUGAGAUAAUUAGCUAAUUAACAAUUGUACUCAACUUUUUUUUCUUUU